GUCCCGGCGCCCGGGAUGGAGCACCUGGGCGAACUGGAGCUGCUGAUGGAGAAGAGUUUCUGGGAGAAGGCUGCGCUGCCGGCAGAGCUAUUUCAGAAGAAAGUGGUAUCUUCUUUUCCUAAAACAGUUCUGACCAGAGGAAUGGAUAACCGGUACCUGGUGUUAGCAGUCGAUAUUGUGCGGAACGAAGAGGGAAACCAUGAAAAGCACCUAAUCAUCACUGCUCACCAGUCACUAGAAUAUAAAGAUCGGUGCAUCCUUAGGAAUGACUGGUGUUCUGUACCAAUAGAGCCAGGGGAUAUCAUUCAUUUGGAGGGAGACUGCAUGGCUGGUACUUGGAUAAUAGAUAAACAUUUUGGAUAUUUGAUUCUAUAUCCAGACAUGCUGAUUUCUGGCACAAGCAUAGCCAGUAGUAUUCGCUGUAUGAGAAGAGCUGUCCUUAGUGAAACAUUCAGGAGCUCUGAUCCAGCCACACGUCAAAUGCUAAUUGGUACGGUUCUUCAUGAGGUAUUUCAAAAAGCAAUAAGUGAUAGCUUUGCCUCAGAAAAGCUACAAGAGCUUGCUUUUCAAACUAUUCAAGAAAUAAAGCAUUUGAAGGAAAUGCCAAGUAACGGUGGUAAGAAUAACUCAACAUGUAGCAUUGAAGUGGUAAACUCAGUGGAUAUUGAAGAAAGCAUUUGGUCCCCUAGGUUUGGAUUGAAAGGCAAAAUAGAUGUUACGGUUGGUGUGAAAAUACAUCGCGGGUAUAAAACAAAAUAUAAGAUAAUGCCAUUGGAACUUAAAACUGGCAAAGAAUCAAAUUCUAUUGAACACCGUAGUCAGGUUGUUCUGUACACUCUGCUAAGCCAAGAGAGAAGAGCUGAUCCAGAGGCCGGCUGGCUUCUCUACCUCAAGACUGGUCAGAUGUACCCCGUGCCUGCCAAUCAUCUAGACAAAAGAGGUUGAGCUGUUUUCUUUCAACUAUACUUCUCUGCCCACCACCCCACUUCAGCUUUUGCAUUCAGGAAAAAGACACAGCUUGCUUCUUUGCCACAAAUAAUUGAGGAAGAGAAAACAUGUAAAUAUUGUUCACAAAUGGGCAACUGUGCCCUUUACAGCAGAGCAGUUGAACAACACAUGGAUGACAGUUCAGUCCCAAUUGUCAUGCUGCCCAAAGUAAAAGAAGAAACCCAGCAUCUGAAGCUUACACACUUAGAGUAUUUCAGGCUUUGGUGCCUAAUGUUAACACUGGAGUCACAAUCAAAGGAUAACAGAAAAAAUCACCAAAAUAUCUGGUUAAUGCCUGCUUCAAAAAUGGAGGAGAGUGGCAACUGCAUUGGAAACCUGAUUAGAACAAAGCAUGUAAAGACAGUUGGUGAUGGACAGUAUUUACAUAAUUUCCUACGUAAAAAUGGUACCAUACCUGUCACAAAUCUAAUGGCAGGUGACAGAAUUAUUUUAAGUGGAGAAGAGAGAACACUGUUUGCUUUGUCCCGGGGAUAUGUGAAGGAGAUUAACAUGACAACAGUAACCUGUUUAUUAGACAGAAUCCUCUAUGCCUGUGGUUUCAGUGUUUUGUUGACGAGCUAUACACACUCUGCUGUUGACAAUAUUCUUUUGAAGUUAGCUAAGUUUAAAAUAGGAUUUUUGCGUUUGGGUCAGACUCAAAAGGUUCAUCCAGUUAUCCAGAAAUUUACAGAGGAGGAAAUUUGCAGAUCAAAGUCCAUUAAAUCCUUAGCUCUUCUAGAAGAACUCUAUGAUAGUCAACUUAUAGUUGCAACAACAUGUAUGGGAAUAAACCAUCCAAUAUUUUCCCGUAAAACUUUUGAUUUUUGUAUCGUGGAUGAAGCCUCUCAAAUUAGCCAACCAAUUUGCCUGGGGCCACUUUUUUUUUCACGGAGAUUCGUGUUGGUGGGGGAUCAUCAGCAGCUUCCUCCCCUGGUGCUAAACCAAGAAGCAAGAGCUCUUGGUAUGACUGAAAGCUUAUUCAAGAGGCUGGAGCAGAAUAAGAAUGCUGUUGUGCAGUUAACUGUGCAGUACAGAAUGAACAGUAAAAUUAUGUCCUUAAGUAAUAAGCUGACCUAUGAGGGAAAGCUGGAGUGUGGAUCAGAGAAAGUGGCCAAUGCAGUGAUAUACCUACCUAACUUUAAAGAUGUUAAGCUGGAACUGGAAUUUUAUGCAGAUUAUUCUGAUAAUCCUUGGCUGAUUGGAGUAUUCGAGCCAAACAAUCCUGUUUGUUUUCUUAAUACCGAAAAGGUUCCAGCACCAGAACAAGUUGAAAAAGGAGGUGUGAGCAAUAUAACAGAAGCCAAACUCAUAGUUUUCCUGACCUCAAGUUUUAUUAAGGCUGGAUCUAAUCCCUCUGAUAUUGGUAUCAUUGAUGUAUGUACAACCUGGAAACACUCCAAACUGGAAACUCGUCAUGGACUUGGAUAA